AUGUUGUUCAAGACCUUAGCCCCUGCCGCCAUCUUGGCCUUAGCUGGCGUUGUUUCCGCUGAUGCCGACACCACCCUCGUCUCCACCAUCACCGUCACCAAGACGUUGUUGACCCCUCAGGAGUCCAGCAGCAUUUCUGCUGCUUCCGUGGCUGCUCUCGAGGCUUCUUCUGCCUCUGAGGCCUCUGCCCAGUCCGCUGCCUCUGCCCAGUCAGCAGCCUCUGCCCAGUCUGCCCAGUCUGCCCAGUCUGCUGCUUCCGUUGCUUCUGUUGCUUCUGUUGACGCUGCCAAGUCUGCUGCCGCUUCUGCUGCCUCCCAGUCCAGCGUUUCUGCUGCCUCUGCUGCCUCCGUGGCUGCUGCUUUGGCCUACGCCGCCUCCACUGCUUCUGCUGCCUCUGUUGCUGCUGUCGCAAGUGCUGCUUCUGCCUCUGCUGCUUCUGCUGCCGCUGCCGCUGCUGCCAAGACCACCAAGGCCCCAAGUUUGACUGGUUUUAACGGUGUGAUUGCGGUUGCCACUUCCAACUCCACCAACUCCACCACCUGGUCUAACACCACCUCCUGGACCAACACCACCAGCUCCAGCACUCGCGCCAACACCCGCAACUCCACCACCAUCACCUCCCAAAGAGCCUCCUCCUCCUCAUCCUCCUCCUCGGGCAGAAGAAACUCGGAAUCCUCCGCUGCCCAAUCCUCGGCCACCAGACGUGCUUCGUCAUCCUCCUCUAACGCUGCCGCUGGCUUUGGUGCUGAGGCUGCUGCCGGUGUCACCUUGGGUAUGCUUGGUGCCAUUGCCGCUGCUUUGAUCUAA